UCGUUAAAUUAUGUGCUUCGUUCCUUGAAGAAACAAAAAUUCUAGACCUAAAAAUAUUUCUCUCUUCCCACUUUUGCCGAUUAAUUCACAAAUUCAAAGCUUUCUUCUGAAAUCCUUUGGAGAUCUUCUCUUUCUAUUUGCAUCGUCGAUCGAAUUAAACUGGUUUGGUUGAAGAAGCAUUAAUUCAUCUAAGGAGGUCUCUCAUAUCACCAAUUUUUGUACGUAAAGAUUCUCUUGCUUUAUUCUUUGUAUCGUUUUGCACCGUUGUUCUUGUUUUUGAUGUAUAAUGCUUGGCGUUGUUCUGAUUAAAGUUCUAUUUUCCCCAUUUUUUUCGCUGCUUUGCUUUGUUUACGUUAAAUUCUUUGUCAUUGUUUACAGAAUUGAUUUCUUGAUAGAACCUUAUCGAUUUGUCAACUUUCAUAAGUUUUCUAUGGCUUCUUUGACCGCCCCCUGCAAUAAUUUGGUUUUCCUUUUGAUGUAACUGAAGCCGUUUCUUGUUAUUGUUUUAAAGAAAAUAGGUAUGAGUUUUUAGAUUUGAUUAGUGUUUGUUUGGUCUUUCUUAUGGGUGAAUGAAAUUGACGGAAGCUAUUUUAUUUGCUUUACAUUCUUGGAUUUCGAUAUGCAUGUCUUGAACCAAGGGUUUUUAUUGUGAACAAUCUCUCUAGGCCAUUUUAUUUGCUUUACAUUCUUGAAUUUCGAUAUGGAUUUCUUGAACCAAGAGUUUUUAUUGUGACCAAUCUCUCUAAGCUAUUUUAUUUGCUUUACAUUCUUGAAUUUCGAUAUGGAUUUCUUGAACCAAGGGUUUUUAUUGUGAACAAUCUCUGUAAGCUAUUUAAUUUGCUUUACAUUCUUGAAUUUCGAUAUGGAUUUCUUGAACCAAGGGUUUUUAUUGUGGACAAUCUCUCUAAUUUCUGAAGGGAUACCACCCUCAUCAGACCCAUUUGUGUUAUUACGUAAGCUAUGCAUCACUUGUUGAAAUUGACAGUAUAAAACUGAAAGAUGCUAUUACACAUUUAAUUUUCUUUUUUUUUUUCGAAAACAUAUUAUAGAUAUAGUAUCUGUUUCUUUUUGGUUUUUCUUCUCGGGUUUGUUGGUAUAAUUUACCAUCUCGAAGUAAGUUGACAAGCUUCAAGUAGCUAUUCUUUUUUACCUUUAGUUGUUAGUAUAGAUGUAAGCCAGCUCUUCCGGUUCAGUGUAGUCCCAUGUAUACGCUGUGUACGCAGAACUGACCCCCCUGCCUUGAAGGGGAAAGAGCCAGCAUACACUUUGUACCAAUAUUUACUUGCGUUGGAUCAAAGGCCUAAAAGCACAUCAUUGGUUUGGUUUUUGAUGUGUCAUUAUAUUCAUUUAUAGUUGCUGAACUAUUUGCUGAUUGCUCUAUCAAGUCCAUAAUUCUUAUUUAUUCUGUCCGUCUGCUCUAUUUUCAUUGAUUUAAGCAGGUAGGAAUCCAUGAACUAAUGGAGUCUAAAGGUGGGAAGAAGAAGUCUAGUAGUAGUUCCUUAUGUUACGAAGCUCCCCUAGGUUACACUAUUGAAGACGUUCGACCAAACGGUGGAAUCAAGAAAUUCAGAUCAGCUGCAUACUCCAACUGCACUCGCAAGCCAUCCUGAGAUUUCCCGUGUUUUAGAAUAAACCACCAGAGGUGGUUCCAGUAUUAAGUAGUUUAAAUUUAGAAUUCUGUUCUUCUCAACACUUCUUCUUCAUCCCUCAUCCUCGUUACGCUCUCCAAAAAGUAAUCCUUCCUGAACACACUCUUUCAAGCAAGAUGGAAUUGCCGGUUUCUGCCAUCGGAUUUGAAGGUUACGAAAAGAGACUUGAGAUUUGCUUUUUCGAGUUAGGAAACUCUUAUGGCCCUGGUUGUGGCCUACGGUCCCUCUCCAAAGAUCAAUUGGAUGAAAUUCUGACACCUGCUGCAUGCACCAUAGUGUCUUCAUUGGCAAAUGAUGAAGUGGACUCUUAUGUCCUUUCAGAGUCCAGCCUCUUUGUCUACGCUUACAAGAUCAUAAUCAAAACUUGUGGCACCACAAAACUGCUGCUCUCGAUCCCACCCAUUCUUAAGUUAGCUGACGCACUUAACCUGAAAGUGAAGUCUGUGAGGUACACACGCGGUAGUUUCAUCUUUCCUGGAGCUCAGCCAUUCCCACAUCGCCACUUCUCCGAAGAAGUGGCUGUACUUGACACAUAUUUCGGCAAGCUUGGUGCAGGCAGCAAUUCAUAUGUGAUGGGCAAUGCUGAUAAACAACAGAACUGGCAUGUCUAUACUGCUUCAGCUGAACCUGCCGAUGCCAAUAAUGUGAAUCCAGUUUAUACACUGGAGAUGUGCAUGACUAGCUUGGACAAGAAAAAGGCAUCCGUAUUUUUCAAGACUCAAUCUAGCACUGCUGCUGAGAUGACUGAAGUUUCAGGCAUUCGGAAGAUUCUUCCAGAAUCAAACAUAUGUGAUUUCGACUUUGAUCCCUGUGGUUACUCUAUGAAUGCUGUUGAAGGCUCCGCAAUCUCCACAAUUCACAUAACCCCUGAGGAUGGAUUCAGCUAUGCAAGUUUUGAAGCAGUGGGUUACGAUUUCAGAGCUGUUGACUUGUCUGCAAUGAUCGAGAGGGUGUUGUCCUGCUUUGGACCUGCAGAGUUCUCCGUGGCAUUACACUGUGACCUUCUCGGGAAGGAACUUUACACCGAGUCUGGCCUGGAUAUCAUCGGAUAUGUGUCUGGAGAAAAGACCACUGAAGUGCUUGGUAAGGGAGGAUCGCUUACGUACCUCACAUUCAGCAGCGGUGGUAGCUGCGGAUCCCCCAGGUCUAUCCUUAAUAACUGUUGGAGUGAGAACGAGGAUGAGGAAAUGGAGAAGAUAUGUUAGUGAUAAAUAUGUCUAAUUCUCCUUUUUAGUAUGCUAAACUAUAGUAGUAAUAUUGGUUUUUGGUCUUUUAAUUCAGUUCUGUGGUGUGGUUUUUGGCUUUUCUGUUACUAUAUAAUAUUCAGUUGUCUGGUGUGUGCAAUAAAAAAACCUUUUGGGAGAACAUAUAUAAAAUAUCGUCAUUUUGAUUAUAAUA